AUGGCGGAGUACCUUCUUGACGUGACGCCACGCAUGGCGUACGUCGAUCGCCAGGAGUUGCUGCGCUCACUGCUGCCGGAGGCGGAUUUUGUCGCACGACGGCAGGAGCAGCUUGACAAGAGCACCACCGUCUACGUGGGCAACUUGUCCUUCUACACCACGGAGGAGCAGGUCUGGGAGCACUUCGCCUCCUGCGGACACGUGCGGGACGUCGUCAUGGGCCUGAACGAGGCGACGCGGACACCGUGUGGCUUCUGUUUUGUCGUGUUUGAGCAGCAGUGUGCUGCGAUGUGUGCCGUGAGCGACCUGCACGGGUCACUUCUGGACGACCGCUGCAUCUCCGUCGCCUGGGACGUUGGGUGCGACGCGUCGCGGCGGUGGGGGCGGGGCGCGCAUGGCGGCCAGGUCGUGGACGUGCUGCGGCAGAACCUGGACAGCGGGCGGGGCGGAUUGGGGGCGCUGCGGUGCGGCGAGCUGCGCAUUCGCGCCGCCGUGGCGGAGGAGCAGCUGGUACACUACAAGUGGGUUCCGGCCAAACGUGUGGCAAAACGCGAUCGUGCCGCAUAA